AUGGCAACCCUAUGAAUGACUCUAUCGCACCAUAAGAGAAGGAAAAGGUGUGGAAAUGUUAACUUUGCUAGAAGAACCAGCUGCAACAGGUGUGGCCGAGAAAAAACCACAGAGGCCAAGAUGAUGAAAGCUGGAGGGACUGAAAUAGGGAAGACACUUGCUGAAAAGAGCCGAGGUCUCUUCAGUGCUAAUGACUGGCAGUGCAAAACAUGUGGUAAUGUUAAUUGGGCCAGGAGAUCAGAGUGCAAUAUGUGCAACACUCCAAAAUAUGCCAAACUGGAGGAAAGAACAGGUUAUGGUGGAGGCUUCAAUGAAAGAGAGAAUGUUGAGUAUAUAGAACGUGAAGAGUCAGAUGGAGAAUAUGAUGAGUUUGGUCGUAAAAAGAAAAAGUACAGAGGGAAGCCUGUUGGUCCUGCAUCUAUCCUGAAGGAGGUUGAAGAUAAGGAAUCUGAAGGGGAAGAAGAGGAGGAUGAGGAUGGAGAUCUGUCUAAAUAUAAAUUGGAUGAGGAUGAGGAUGAAGAUGAUGCUGAUCUCUCUAAAUAUAAUCUUGAUGCUAGUGAGGAGGAAGAUUCUUCCAAGAAGAAGAAGAAAUCUACAACUAGGCGUAGUCGUUCCAAGUCUCGAUCUUCUCAUUCUCGAUCUUCAUCUCGCUCAUCCUCCCAUUCAAGCUCAAGGUCUAGGUCCAGGUCAAGAAGCUCCUCCAGCUCAAGGUCAAGAUCUCAUUCCACUUCCAGAGAACAUUCUAGAUCCCGUGGGUCGAAAUCAAGAUCCAGCUCCAGGUCCGUCAGGGGUUCUUCAACCCCAAGAAAAAGAUCUUACUCGAGCUCUCAUUCGUCAUCUUCCCCUGAGAGAAACAGAAAGAGAAGCCGAUCUAGAUCGUCAUCUGGUGAUCGCAAAAAAAGGCGAACGAAAUCACGGUCACCUGAAAGAAAUCGCAGGUCAUCAUCUGGAUCGUCUCAUUCUGGAUCCCGUACAAGUUCUAAAAAGAAAUAAUAUAUUCAAACUCAAAACACAGAAAAAAACAUAGUCUGGUGCAUGAGACAUUUUAAAGAAGUUGGUGUCUUACUUGGUCAGAAGUGCUAAAUACUGCUAGUAGAGGUGCAUGUUUUAUGGAAAACUGCAGCUAUUUUAAUUCAUGAAAUAAAAUAGUGAAAUAUUUUAAGCCAUAAAUUGACCCCUGAAAGGUGAGUAGUAUUUUUUGUUUUGUUUUUCUUGCAAAAUUUGUGCCUCUGCCCCCUUCCUGAUUUGACUGGCUUUAAAAUGUGAAGGCUGUCUGAGGUCUUGUCCAGGAACUUCAUAUCUCACAUGCAUCCCUGAUUUGUCAUUUAGACUUUACCUCUACUCAUUGCGAAACCGUUCAGGGGAUGGUAUGAUUGAUGUUAAUACAGAGAGGUCUAGCUCUCUUUCCCUUGUACCCUCUGCAAAAACAGUAAGAAAUUAUUCAUAGUUCCAGUAUGUCUGAGUUGCAAUAGCAGAAGAUACUUCAAAGGGAUAGCCAUCUUCUUCUGCUAAGAGUGGUGAGAAGAAAUGCCUUUUCACACAAAUGAGGAAAUAAAUCACUAUAAAUUACAUUAUAUUAUUUUUUGGAUAGUUGGCAAAGGAAAGGGAAAAAAGCUUCACUGUAUCCUGUUAUGCUGAAUGUAUAUUUUCCUGGUGACAUAUAACUUCUAAGAUUUCUAGUUUGUGCUUCCUAAAUUUUUGGUUCUUGAUAGUUGGUUCUUUCCUAGAUAAAAUGUUAGCAGGUAAAAUGUAGUUAACAAAGUACUAUAAAGCAUUAAGAACCAACCCAUUAGAGUUUUUGAAACUUUUUACGAAGGAGUGGGAAUGUAAAAUUAAAAUGCAUUUCCAUAAGUCAAUUAAACUGAAAUCAGACUGGGAAACCUUUUAUUUCAGGUUUACUCUUGCAGAAACGUCCAUGACUCUUCUUCACCCACAAAUCAUUGUAAAUAUUUUUUUUUUUGGACUAAUGUAAAUUUAUGGCUUAAAAUGCUUCAUAAAAUUUGUGUUACUAGCAAAUAUUUGUUAAAUACUGACCAUUCUUAAGUUCCUUUUGCUUGGGAGAAAAAUAUGUUAUCUUCAGUGACAUCCCAAGGUAAGUAUGUUAGGGGAGAUUAAUUGUGCACGGAAACAAGCCGUAUGCCAUCACUUGUAUGUAACAUCUGAUUUGUAAAGCAAACUGCAGAGAAUAACAAAUGGAGUAGAACCUUUUUUUUCCUUUCUUUCAUGAACAUCUUAAAUUUCUUUUGGACUGAUCAAAGACAAAGCAAAACGUUUUUGCUGUAGAACUAUUUUGGAUAAACUGCAUUAAAAAUGCCAUGCAAUCCUUUAUUGCUUUCUCUUAGGUAUCAUUUUCUUUUGCUAAAGGUAGCAUAGAUUGCACAAGAACAGUUAGUCUCUUGUAAUUGUGCCUCUGACUUCUUGAAAGUCUGUCUAAAAUUGUGAAAAUCAGAUUUGCUAGAUGCUACAUGUUAAAGUUAGUUAUCCUUGUGGUUUAUAUUCCUAAGUAUUGUACCUAACCAGUUUUUAAACUUGGCAAAUGAUAGGCUAGAAUGACUACGAAAAAAUUAUGGGUGUCAUUUGGCUUGGAUUAAAAUGUACUGGUGUGUUCUAUGAAAAUAUAAUUCUGUAGACAUGUAAAUAAAGCAUGCAAAUCAAA